AUGACUUCCGCUGGUAAGAGGACCGUGACCUACGGCCGGCAUAGCGUGUUACAGACUAUCUCCAUCACUUCACUAGAGUCGCGCAAAGAUGCGUACUGGGUGAUUUAUAUUCAUGGUGGCGCCUGGCGCGAUCCAACCGUCACAUCAGAAUCCUUCGACAAAGCCGAAGCCAUUCUUCGCGCAUCAAAUCUGCCCAUCUCAGGCUUCGCAUCUAUCUCAUACAGAUUGAGUCCGCACCCGCGCUUCCCCCAGAACCCACCAACUACUUCACCGUACGAGUCCCGCAAUGCGAAGCACCCGGACCACAUUCGCGAUGUUGAAGCAGCACUGGCGUUCCUGCAGAACACCUAUGGGUUCGGGCCGCGGGAAAUGGCGCACAAUCCAGACGCUGAAGGCGGUACUGGUGUUGAAGCUGUCUCUACCACUCCCGAACCAUUGCCCCCACGUCUUCGUGCGAAGCCAACGGCUAUCGUAGGUGUAGCUGGCAUUUAUGAUCUCCGGCGGUUGGUAGAUACGCAUCGCAGUAUUCCGGCCUACCGUGAGUUUGUUGAAGGUGCAUUUGGGCCGGAUGAUAUGGUCUGGGAUGCUGUAUCUCCGGCGCAGAUGAUUGGGUCUCGUGGUGUUGAAGGUGGCUGGAAGACUGGGAGAUUGGUAGUCUUGGCUCAAUCUCCCGACGAUGAGCUUGUGGAUAUGGGCCAGCGUGAGGCGAUGCAGGAUGCCCUGAAAGGGUGGGAGCAGACGGAGGCUCAGGUGCCGCCUGAGGAGCUCACUCACAAGGAUCGUCGUGUACGGAUCUUGGAUAUCAGCGGCGCUCAUGACGAUGCCUGGAUAAACGGCGAUGAAAUUGCUUGCUCUGUUCAGUUCGCUUUCAAGGAGCUGCAGGAGAUGGGACUUGCCCCAGAGGCUUGA